GGCCCAAUCGUGUCUUCUCCCGGCCAUCCUCCUCUUGGUCCUUCUCGGGAUGCUUGGUUGCCCGCUGGCGGCCCGGUGGCGUAUAAAUACCAAGGCCUGGGACAGCUGUGCAACUUGGCCUUGGCAUCUUGUCACGCCUAGUCCAGUGACAACACACAGUGACAAGUCGCAAUGCGGCCCACGGUCUAUGUCGCGGCUGCCCUCGGGCUGGCUUCGCCGAUAUGCGUCGUCGCCACCGAUCCUCUCACGGCGGACAAGGUCGAGGCAGACAUAACCACGACCGGCCUCCAGCGCGUGCUCUGGAACCUGAACAAGAUCGCGCGCGACCACGGCGGCAACCGCGCCUUCGGCACGCCCGGCUACAAGGCCUCGGUAGACUUCGUGCUGGAGCGCGCGCAGCAGCGGUUCGGCAAAGAGAUGGACACGCACCUGCAUCCCUUCUCGUACUGGUUCGAGGACCUGCGCCGGAUCAAGGUGACGGGGCCCGCGGGCGAGGACGUCAGGGUGCUGUCGCCGCAGUACAACGUCGCCGGCGACAUCAAGAAUACGCCGCUGGUCGACACCCCCGUCGACGACGCCAACGGGUCCGGCUGCCUGCCCGAGCAGUGGACGGGCAUCGACGCGACGGGCAAGCUCGCGCUGAUCAAGCGCGGCACCUGCGCCGUGUCCCAGAAGCUGGCGCUGGCCAAACAGCACGGGGCCGUCGGGGCGAUCGUGUGGAACAACAGGCCCGGGGACGCCAUUAUUUCCCUGACGCUCGGCGCCGAGAAUAGGGGCACUAUCGUCCCCGUCGGCAUCAUCACGCAGGAGGUCGGACUGGCGUGGAAGGCGCGGCUGGCGGCGGGCGAGCAGGUGCUCGUGUCGCUCCUCGUCGACAACUCGUACGACGUCCGGGAGUCCUGGAACGUCAUCUCAGAGACCAAAGAGGGCGACCCCAACAAAGUCGUCAUGAUCGGCGCCCACCUGGACAGCGUGAUCCAGGGGGCCGGCACCAACGACGAUGGGAGCGGCAGCUCGGCAGUUCUCGAAAUCAUGGGCUCCAUCAAGAAAUACAAAGGGUUCCCCCACAAGAUCAGGUUCGCCUGGUGGGGCGCCGAAGAGUCGGGCCUCAUCGGCUCCAAGGCUUACACCAAGUCCCUCAACACCACCCAGGCCGAUGCCAUCCGAUACUACUUCAACUACGACAUGAUCGGCUCCGUCAACCCCAUGUACGAGCUCGCUCGCAACAAGCUGAGCGGCAUCGGGCCGGUCCUGCUGUCAUCCUACCUCGAGUCCAAGGGGAAGCCCGUGACCUACGCCGACUUCGACGACGGGUCAGACUACGCCAGCUUCGUUGCGCUCGGCAUCCCAACCGCCAGCAUCUACACGGGCGAGGACCCGUGCUACCACCAGGCCUGCGACACCAUCGACAACAUCGACUGGGACGCCCUCACGACCAACGCCAAGGCCGCGGGCCGCGCCCUCGCCACCCUCGCGCUCUCGCUCGACGGCGUUCCCCCGCGGGCGCCGCCGGCCGCGAGGCGGAACCUGGCCGACGUCUCGGGCCCGUCCCGGCGGGCGGCCAUGAGCCCCCCGCGUGGAGCUGUGGGCAGGCAGGGCCGUCGGUUUGGGGUGUAGAGGAGCCAGCAAAGGCUCCGUCCGGUUCCGCAAUCAUCGUGGGAUAGAUAAAUGGAGCGCGGCGGGUGGGGGCUUCGAGUCCCGCGGGACUCGAAGCAUUUUGGUACCCCUUAGGAGGAACCCAAACGAGCUGGUUGGUUGACCAGCCGUAAAUCAAGUUCGGACAUGAUGCGCCCUGUGCCAAAAAGUUUGACGAGGUCA